AUGUUGGCGCCGCUGCAGACCCAGUUGACCACGCAGGGUGCGGAGAUCGAGCGGCUGCAGGCCCAGCGCGUGGGCGCCGCGCCGCCAAGCAAUGCGGAGGUGCGAGAGAUGGCCAGCCGGGUCGCUUCUGCAUCGUGCAAGCGGCUGGCUAAGGCGAGUGCGAUCGAGCCAGUAGAGGUAGCGGAAGCUUCGAGCGAGGAUAAGGCUGUCGAGGAGGAGGUAGCGCGAGCGAUGCAGCAAGGCAAUGGCCUCGUGCAGGCGACGCUUGAGCACCUCGAGACGGCUGAGCGGUCGUGGGAUAGGUUCGUCGAGCUGGGCGGCGAGGUGAUUGACGGGUAUCCGAGCGAGGUGCAGGUGGUCAAGCGUCUGCUCGACGCAACGACCGAGAUCACGCGGCUCAACAACCAGCUUGUGCAAUUGAGGCAUCUGCAAGACCGCGAGCGCGAGGACCACGCAACGUCGCAACGCCAGCUCGCAGAGCAGCUUGUCCAAGCGACAGAUCUCAACGAUGUCUACCAGGCCAAUACAUCAGCACUCACGAUGCGGCUGCGCGAGGCGGCCUUGAUGUCGGAGCAUGCAACUACGAUGCCGGUGGGCUCACCAGUCGCCGCCGAGAAUGUUGGAAGGCACACAGUCGUUGAAGGAGACGCCGUGGACACAGCGGCGGCCGUAGCAACGCAGCAGCCACAGCCGCAGCGUCGCGUCUUUCUGGACGAUGACGACGAGACCGAAGACGAGGACCCAGACGUGGACGAGACUGACGACGAGGAGGACAUGGGAGCAGCUGGAGCGGGCGAGGCAGCGACAGCGACCAGCCCGGCAGCUACGACGGCAGAUCCCUGGGCGCGACAGCUGCGGUCCAACACAAGGGCCGCGACUUCGUCAUCGUCGACAGUGGCCGACACCGAGGCGGAGGAGGUGGCCUCCGCGGAGGUCGCGGUUGAGGCAGACGAGCGCGAUACGGCGAUGCUCACCAGGUACGGCGUGCUCCGUGGCGGAUGCUCCAGGUGCCGUGGCGGCGGGAAGAAGCGGCGGUGCCCUGAGUCCUGCUACGUCUCUGGGGCACGCAAGUUUGUUCGACUCAUGGUGGAGCUCGAUUGA